AUGGCUGAAGUUCUGAAGACUGAAGAGGAAUCCAGUUCUUCUGGUUUGGAGAAACUUUUCAUUCUUGAUUCCUCAGUCAAAACAUCAAUUGGGAAGAUUUCAAUUCGAGUUCUCCCUGAAGCCGCAAUUAUUGCUUCCCCUUGUCCAUUUGCAAUCCAGAUUAUAGUGGCGUUGGUGAACGAUGGUAGGGUAAGGUCUUGUCCUCGGGGUUGUCAGCGUGGGAGAGGGGGUGCAGGAGGUAGGGGUAAGAGGGCUAAGGCGGCUACUAGGCUGAGAGUGCGGUCUUGGAACAUAGGAACUUUGACUGGAAAAUCUGUAGAGUUAGCGAAGAUUCUUGAGAAAAGGAAGAUUAAUAUAGCUUGUGUACAUGAGACUAGGUGGGCAGGAGAUAAGGCGCAUGAUGUGGGCAGUUUAAAACAUUGGUAUUCUGGGAGAGUAGGGGGCAGGAACAGGGUAGGUAUCUUGGUUGAUAAGGACCUCAGUGAACUAGUGGUGGAGGUUAGGAGGGUGAAUGACAGGCUGAUGACUAUUAAGCUAGUUGUUAGAGGUUUUACUUUGAACAUAAUCAGUGCGUAUGCACCCCAAGCAGGCUUGGAUGAGGAAGUCAAGAGGAGUUUCUGGGAGGAUUUGAAUAAGAUGGUGCGUGGUAUCUCGCAUACCGAGAAGCUUUUUAUAGGAAGAGAUUUCAAUGGCCACAUUGGAGCGGCAUCUGGGGGGUAUGAUGACAUGCAUGAUGGCUUUGAUUUUGGAGAUAGAAAUAGAGGAGGAACGUCUCUGCUGGACUUUGCUAGAGCAUUUGAUUUUGUGAUAGCAAACUCGAGUUUCCCGAAGAAGAGGGAGCACUUGGUCACCUUCCGGAGUUCGGUGGUCAAGACUCAAAUUGAUUAUUUACUCUACAGGAAGUCCGAUAGAGGUCUUUACAUGGAUUGA